AGUCUUGUAUCCGUAUACAUAUUAUAAUCUAUAUUUUUAUAUAAAUUAUCAUUUAAUUUCUAUUGAAAUCUACGUGGCUUAGAAACAAAAUGUCAGGCGACGCUAUCGGCAUUGUGUUGGAUAUUGGAUCCAAAUAUACUAAGGCUGGUUUCGCAGGAGAAUGUUUCCCAAGAGCAGUCUUUCCGAGCACCGUCGGGAGAUUUCGUCAAUCAGGUCUCGUUGACGGAUUCCCAGAGGUCUACUGUGGAAAUGAAGCUAUUCAAAAAAGAGGAAUUUCUCACCUCACUUGGCCGGUAAGCAAAGGGCUGAUUCAAGAUUGGGAUGAGAUGGAGAAGCUUUGGCAUCACAUUUUCUAUAAAGGCCUACUUAUACCUCCAGAAGCUUGCAGUGUCGUGCACUCGAUCCAUCCUUUAUGCCCAAGGAAGCACCAAGAAAAAAUAACAGAAAUACUCUUCGAAUCAUUCACAAUCAACUCUCUGUACUUGGCAAGAAUGCAGGCUUUAGCUCUGUUUGCAAGCGGUCGGACUACGGGAGUUGUUUGGGAGAGCGGGUACUCAUGCUCAUACGCAGCCCCAGUCUUUGAAGGAUUUCCAUUAAGGAAUGCCACGUUUAUGUCACCGGUCGACGGAGAAACUUUAUCUGGACAUUUACAAAAAUUACUGGCGACUGUAGGCUAUUCUUUCACAACUAAAGCGGAUAAUGACAUUUUGGAUCAAAUUAAGUCUGAUAAAUGCUACGUGGCGUUAGACUACGAUGAUGAAGUGGAAUCGGGAAAGUGCUCUGGAGAUGAUAAACACGUUUACACGUUACCGGAUGGACAGGAAAUAUUUUUAGGGCCAGAACGUUUUCAAUGUCCAGAGUUGAUGUUCCGGCCGAAUCUGGGUGGGCUCCAAUGUCCGAGUUUGGUGGAUUUGUUAUGCAAAAGUAUCGAGAAUUGUGAUUUGGAUUACCAGCGUGCUUUCUACGAGAAUGUUGUGAUUGCUGGUGGAUCCACUAUGUUUCCUGGAAUUGUGGAUCGGCUACAAUUAGAACUGACGAAGAAGUUGUUGAAACGCUCGGAGAAUUGGAAGGUUCUCGUCGACGCCAUGACAACUAGGCAGUUUGCUGUAUGGAACGGUGGAUCCAUUAUGGCCUCUCUGAGUACUAUGAACGGUUUUUUGUUGAGUAAAGAAGAAUACGAAGAUAACGGUUCUGACAGAGUCAAGCAUCUAUUUUUUUGAUAAUAAAAUUGGCUUAGAAACCAA